UAUAGUUAUGAAUUACUGGAUCGCCGUCUCCUAUAGCGUCACGCGUUCCUACGUAAAGUGUGACCCAUCAUUAGUGAUGCCAACACAAUGCCCGGGAAAACUUCCAGCUGAACAAAAGAUUACAAGAUGUUCAACACUGAUGUCGCACAAUGGAAAUUUAGUAUACCCUGUAUGGCGGAAUUCGAUUUUCAACCCCCCUGUAAAACUAGGUACAUGUAUUGUCAUAUGAUCGAUUCGGAAUGCACCAUAACAAAGCAGGGGCGUAUAAAUAGUUCAUACUCCAAGGGGGCGCAGGACUCCGCUUUAAUCAAUGAGACCCACACUGCGGUUAAGGGUUUUCACCGCACACUUUAUUCCAAACACGUACGGUGUCCCGGUAUGUUUCAAGCCCGCAAGUUACUCAAUUUUCCUGUUUUGUUCAUGUCUGCGUAAUCUUUUAGAAACAUCGUCGUACGAACAAAUUUUUGGGAUCAGACACCAAGCAUGUAAACAACAACCGCGCGGUCGGACUCAUCAACCGAAUCGUGGACUUCAAAACCCUGCAAAAUGUGCAAGGUACUGUGAACAAGGAUGCAAGAUAUCAACCCAGUAACUAGCAAGAGUAGCAAGAGGACCAAUGGUGUAACCAGUUUACGACUUCUACAGUGCUGUGGGCUGGUGUCCAGGAAUUAUCCGUUAAACUCUGCAGAAAUCAACGAAACGAAUUUUCACACUCACCAUGCGCACGCGACGAAGUGAGAUGCUACGGUUCUUGAGCACGUAGGAAGUGAGUCUCGGGGACUCUGAGCUAGGAUAAUGGGCUCAGUGCGGACAACGUUCCUGAGGCUGUUGUUAAUUACUGCAGCGGCGCUCAUAAUGCCAGCGUACUUUGCGGUCUGGAAGUUCCUCAUGGUGGAUUCGAUUCCCCAUAAUAGAUUAACAUCGAAAGGAUCUCACUCCACUCAUAACAAUGCAGGGGCUCAGUUUGCAGAUUUGAGGCGACCAGUGGCAAAACAGUCUGAGUCCUCAAAUAAGUCCUCAGGUUUUUCGCCUGGAGUGAAAUUGGCCACAGAAACGCAUCAACAACGCAAGAGAGCAGCUGCGAAAGAUCCGGGUUCCAAGACAUUGCAAACCCAUAUUACAAUAGAGAACACGCCGUCCAGAUCACACAUAAAGUCAACUGAAAAUGUACUGAAGGGGAAAUACAAGAACGUGAACUACUGGCAAUCGUGCAAGUUCCUGAAGACUUCCAAGGGACUACAUCGAGUAUGCAUUGAUCGGUACACGAAUGGAUCGAGAGGCAGGCUGACAGCAAAGGCUGUCAUGGCGCAGAAGCAGUAUUUCACCGAGAAACCAGUACUGGCAUCUGGUGAUUCCCUAAAUCGUCAACUUAUAUCAAAAGUGAACUCAGAUGACGGGAAGGUCACCGAGCACCCCAAGAAAAGACAGGGCGUGAAGAAACCGCGCGGACACCGGGUCCCCCCAAGCCCAAGCCCGAAAUCUCCUAGGCGAGGAAUCCUGGAUUAUGCACUUUGGCUGUCUUACAUAGAUCCCCAUGACUACAGAUAUCUGAUCAACCCCAGUUCGACCACUUGCCAGACCAGCAAUCGAGUUGACUUGCUGGUACUUGUGACAUCUCACCCGGAGAACUCUGAGCGACGGAAGGUCAUCCGUGAAACGUGGGGAGCUCCGCGUGGCAGCACAGCAGUGUCAGCUGUUGUGAAGGUCCGUUUUCUUCUCGGAGUAACAGCCCUCACUGGUGGACAAAGCGUAGGUGUACCGAGUGAUCUGCUGAGGGAAGCGGACAAGCACGACGACCUGAUUAUGGAAGAAUUCCUAGAUUCUUACCUCAACCUGACCAUCAAGACUGUAAUGGGGCUCAAGUGGGCCAGUCGGUUCUGCCCUGACGCGCACUACGUCAUGAAAACCGACGACGACAUCAUCGUCAACGUACCGAAGAUACUGGCUUUCCUACACGCGGCACCGCGACGAGCUCUUAUCACAGGUCGCUUGGCGAAGUCCUACCCCGUGAUCCGCGAUAAAUGGGAGAAAUUCUACAUGCCAAAACAUAUCUACUCCAAAUCGACCUACCCAGACUACUGCGUGGGUCUCGGGUAUAUAAUGUCUAUUGAUAUGGUACACAAAUUGUAUCUUCAGUCUUUACUUACACCUGUCUUUCCUUGGGAGGAUGUAUACGUGGGUAUCAUGUUGAAAGACAUUGGCAUUAUUCCAAAGGAUAUCAAGAACUUUUACUACUUCAACGGUGGGAGUUUAUUCGAGGGAGCAACGAUACUUGUCGCCCCUAAAAAGACUCUGUAUAGGUUACGGUCAUACUACGUGUUUGACGGUCUAACCCCAGAACAGACACGAAUACUAUGGAAAAAGUGGCAGGGUUACCAGUCGAUUUGAUUCUACCGUAUAUCUUGAGUCAUCGUAACCCGACAUUUUUGACUGUGUUUCAUGAUCGAAAUAGUAUAUACAAAAAAGUCAGUAAGACUUUAAAUUCUGAAAUUCUGCUCUUUAAAAAAAAUUACGAGGAUACUCCGAUUAUUAGGACAGCUGAAAUAGUGCAGCUUAGUUUUAUUUUUAAAAAAUAUUUUUAUGUUUUCCAAAAAUAGCGCAAGCGAAUAAAAUGUCAACUGAUGGUAGUCGUAUUCGUGUCGGGUAUUUCAUUUGUUCUCGUGUACUAAAAAAAUUGUGAGUCAAGCGUAGUUUCCAACACGCUCCCAUUUGAACCAGACUACCUUUCCUGGGUUGAUAGUUCGACCAAAUGUGAUGAAUACUUCAA